AUGCAUACCAACAAAGUAGCCGUCGUGACCGGCGGUACUUCCGGCAUGGGCCUGUCUGUUGUCAAGUACCUACUUGAGAACAAUUGGCAUGUAUUCGUGAUAUCUCGACGGAACCAGCAAGCUGUCUCGGGUUCACGAUUUCUUCAGGCCGACAUUAGCUCACAAGAAGAGCUUGCGAGUGCUUUUAGGACCGCAUUUGAAGAAACGGGACGGCUAGAUUUCGUGUUUGCCAAUGCUGGUCACGCUGGCAACGACAACUACUUUGAUACAUGUCAAGAGAAUGCCGUGGACCUAUCAUCAAUCGAUAUCAACCUCGGCGGAACGAUUCGCACCGCGAGUCUAGCCCGAGAAUAUUUCACAAAAAGCCCGCAUCACGGGAAGGGAGCAGUUUUAGUCAUGAACGCCAGCAUCGCAGGAUUGUAUCCCGUCGACCUGUUCCCAGUCUACAGUGUAUCGAAAGCUGGCAUCGUUGCUUUUACGCAGACCAUUGCUCCACGAUUGUUCCGGGAUCAUGGUAUUCAAGCGCAUGCAAUCUGUCCUGGUUUAGUACAGACGAAUUUCCUCCCAGAGGAAGUGUUCAAUAUGUACGGCGCCGAUGAUUUCGUUCCGGUACAACGGGUCGUCGACACCAUCCGCCGACUUAUCGGGCCAGACGACUUCCAAGACAGUUCUGGGAGAACCGUAGCAAGUGGCGAGAGACACGGGCUGAUUCUUGAAGUGCGCACUGACGGCAUAUUUCUUUACGAAAAAGACCCGAUUUCUGAAGGCUCUCGCGGAGAGAUCGAGAGGUUGUGUGGACCAAGGUAA